AUGGCCGCCCCCCCGGCCCGCACCGUGCUCGUCACCGGCUGCUCCUCGGGCAUCGGCCUGGCCCUGGCCGCCAGACUGGCGAAGGACCCGGGGGGGAGAUUCCAGGUCAUCGCCACCAUGCGGGACCUGGGCAAGAGCCGGAAGCUGGAGGAGGAGGCGGGCUCGGCGCUGGGGCGGACGCUGAGCAUCCGGCGCCUGGACGUGUGCAGCGACAGCUCCGUGGCCGAGUGCAUGGCCAGCAUCCCCGGGGGGCACGUGGAUGUGCUGGUGAACAACGCCGGCGUGGGGCUGGUGGGGCCGCUGGAGAGCACGAGCCUGGAGCAGAUGAAGGGCGUCUUCGAGACCAACUUCUUCGGCGCCGUGCGCAUGAUCCGCGCCGUGCUCCCCGCCAUGAAGCGCCGGCGCCGCGGCCACAUCCUGGUGCUCAGCAGCGUCAUGGGGCUGCAGGGGGUGGUGUUCAAUGACGUUUACUCCGCCUCCAAGUUCGCGGUGGAGGGGUUCUGUGAGAGCCUGGCAGUGCAGCUCCUGCAGUUCGAUGUCCAUGUGUCCCUGGUGGAGCCAGGCCCGGUGUGCACGGACUUCGAGCUGAAGCUGCUGGAGGAGGUUUCGCGCUCCGAGUACCCCGGCACGGAUGCGGCCACCUUGGGGUACUUCCGGGACGUUUACAUCCCUGCUUCCCAGGAGAUCUUCCGCACGCUGGGGCAGAGCCCCGGAGCCGUGGCCGAGGCCAUCGUGGCGGUGCUGUGCGCUCGCCCGCCGCCGUUCCGCACUCAGACCAACGCUCUCUACACGCCGGUGCUGGCGCUCAAGGUCGCGGACCCGUCCGGGGAGCUCUCGGUGCGGGCCCUGCACCGCCUCCUCUUCCGGCACAGCGGCCUCCUGCGGCUCAGCGCUGCCGCCCUGCGCUGCCUCACCUGCGGCUGCCUGCGCCGACGGGUGCGGCCGCUCUGA